AUUCUAACAAAAAACGCGCAGCGUACAUAGUAAAAAAAGUAUAUUUCAGAAAAGUAAGUGCUUGUUGACAGUCGGACUUUCACGUGGUUGCUUCAUCAGUUUUUAGAGUAGGUCCCAAAAAUGCUCCUUACGGUCAGUGCUGAGGAGUUUGCAGAGCUGGCUGCUCUUCUGCGGCUCUUCGAAGAUUAUGAGUGGAUGUAUAACAAGUCAACUAUUUUAAAGGUAUUUCCUGUUUCUUCGGUCUUCUCAUCCUGAGACUCUGAACGAAGAGUAAAUGGAAGGACGGAGGAACAAGAAAGAAGUUAGUUGUUUUGUAUGCUUUGAGCUCUAACAAGAGGCGCGAGGCUUGGACGCAGCGUCAUUCGUCAUCUUACGGCUAAGGCAGUAUACACGCAACUGAAUCAACUCUCUCUGUCUGACUUCAUUCUUAUAACUCAGUAGCUAGCUGCUAGCCCAGUCACUUAGUUACAAGACGGCGUGCUCACUCUAAUCAUCGAAUGCGCAGAGAAGGAAACGGGGGGACGCAUUGAGUAUUUGAGUUAAUUUAAGACACAUGGUGUUGCUUAUCUGUGUGCCUAUGAUAUUAAGAAAGUUCGCUCAUGGUCGUUGGCCUUCUUGUACGUGUCGCAAAAUAGUCCGUCAGAGUCAGUCAUGAUCUUACAAACGUUCGUUGCGCAGGUUAACCGGUCGCGAUUUCUGGGGAUGGGUGGACUGGGCUCAGAACCAGCGCUCGAUGAGCGACUCUCUGUUAAGGCAGGUACUGAAUUUGAAACGACUUGCCUCGUCAGUCACUCCGAGUUGAAUUGAUCGCUUAUAAUUUCAGCAGAACCUCUACUCUAGGGCUUCUAAAGUUCGAGCUCUUACUGGACGACGCCGAAAGCAUAAGAGGGAUGAAAACGAGCGGAAAAUACAUCGUAGCAGCAAAAGGUGAGGCUUUCCCUUCAAAGUCGAUGGGUGAAUCUGGAAGCCCAGUGUGCCGCUCUGUCUCAAAUUAAGGUCGGAGACGUUUCCUUUUUCUCUCAUUUCUGGAUUGGAAAAGUUUACUAAUGGUUGGGAAGCUCACUAGGCAUGGAGCAGCGUGGACUACUAACAGUGUCUUCGCCUCUAAUCAGAAUCUUCAUCUUCAAGCUCCAGCACAUCGUCCAUGACGAACGCGGCGUCAGUCUCGUACCUGGGUGCAUCGCCGCCAUCGCCGGAGCUGCCGAUCAUGCAGCCGACGCUGCGCCGCCCGGCCUCGGGGACUAGUCUGGUUGUGGAGGUGAGUGAAUCGCCGCAACCAACACCAAAACGCAGGCGAACUACAUUCGCAGAAGAAGCUGACUAAGGGACUAUACUAACUUUUGCUAAACUGAGAGUAGAAGUAGGUCAGGGCCAAGGCUCCGUAGAUUAUAAAGUCAGUCUGGACACAGAUACUCCCUGGUCGUUCGCCAUCAAGUACUUUGGAGCCAAGUAUGUAGUGCUUGCGGUCGUCAUAUCUAGAUCUACAACAUGCCAGCUUCUAACUCUCGGUUGUACUUCUCGACGCAGAAACAGGGGAGCCAUUUGUUAUGGACACAGAAUGAGGUAGUGCCUGACUUUCUUAGCAAGUUUGCUACACUCAUUAUCUGCGUCGUAUUGGAUGAGGACUAAUUAUCGCUGCUCCUGUCUUGUUUGAGAAAGGUGCAUUGAGAGGGGUCCUGCUUCGAUCUUUCUAAAUUAAGAACGGAGCGAGUUACGUUCUUGGGGUCUGCAUAGACAUGGGCUGGCGCAUCAGCCUCGUUCUGUUUUCGAAGCCAGCGAGGAAGAAUAUAUCGCUCGUAAUCGUAGGUGCACAGUGUUUCUUGAUCUUGGUUUCCGUAAGCAUUUGGCAUUACCAUUAAGUAUACUAAUAUCAGAUCGUCGCUGCUUGCAGCAACAAUUUACAAACUGAGCGCGUGGCUGAACCAGUGCCAGAAGUUAUAUCUUUCAAGUUCGUGGACCUGGACACUCAAACUCAUAGUAGUAGCGCUUCGACGUGUUUGCUUCUGCAUUAAAAUAAAUUGAUGGAGUGAAAGUCUCAACUUUCCAGAUUUGCUUGUUGCAUAGUAGGACUUGCUAAGUGAGCACGAUACAAAAAGAAAAGCACGCUACUCAUGCAGGAUGCACUCAUAGUUUCGGUCGUGAUAUCAAGCUAUACAUAGCGAAUGAGACAGUGAGCCCCUUUUUUUGGCAUAUUGUGAUUG